AUGUCGGCACGCUCCAAGCGCAAAAAUUUGCAAAAGCGUCGUAAGCGACGACUCUUUGCUGCCAUUGCUUCAGAAAUCUUAGCAAAUGAAGAGGCUCAGUGGACAUCGGAGCACGAGGAAUUGGAGCAGAUGAGGAACGAGGAGGAGAGGCAACGAACCCAUGAACGGUGGCAAGAAGCAGUGAAACAAUCUGUUGCCGCUCAUAACAAAAAGAAGAGAAUUUUGGCUCAACGACAGCAACUGAUUGAAACGUUGCGACAGAAAUUGGCUGAGCCAUGA